AUGAACCAUCUAAUAGUUGAUUAUAUAAAGGGGAAACUCAAUAAAAGAAGGCAGGACUCUGGAUCAGAGGAUGAGGACGAUGAAGGCGACGAUCACCACUCGUUUGAGAAGGAAAAGGAUUUUGUGGGUGAUUCAGAUCCAGGACAUGCGCAAGCCCAAAGCCCCAUACCGAGCCCCUGGGCUACUUUUGAACCAAGCUAUAAUAAUGCUAAAAACGUUAGAAAUAACAGUACCAGUACUACGGUUUUGAAUGAUAUAGCGGAAGAAAGAGGUCCUGUUUCUGAAUCGGAAGAAACAACGUACACGAAGAAAGAGGAAGAACCCUUGGAAGAAGUAACAGACAGAAGACCGCCUUUAACAAAUAUGCAAAGACUGAAAAAACGUGUCAGCAGCCUACCUGACUUAAGACUUAAAGCUCUUGCCCAACAUCGUAAUAGAAACUCCAGUAGCCAAAGCGCUGAACACAACACGAGCACCAACACGAGCACCACCAUUAAUACUACUACCACUACAACCAAUCCCAGCAAUAAAAAAGUCGAGUCCAAAGAAAGGAUACACUCUCCACCAUCAUUCUUGUCACUACGAUUUGGAACUAACAACGAUAACGCCAACAAAAGCAACAACAAUAGCAGCAAUAGCACAAUAUCAGCGAACACAAGUAGUGCCUCUCAUAGCAGGAAAUCGGCAAAACUUGCUACCUGGCUUAAUUUCUCUCCAGCACAGAAAAAACAUGAUAUAGAUGACACUGAAACUGAUCCUAAGGAUACUUCAGGCUCAAUUCUAAAGCAGAAGGUUGUUAUUUCGAAUGCUGCGGGGUCAUCACUGGAUGAAAGAUCUCUUUCAUCUGAACCGGGGUUAGGCUCAGUUGGUGCGGCGUCCAUUUCGAGGUCAUCUGUGAAGGAUCUUACAGCAAUGUCCCCCGUAAACCGCUCCAAAAGCUUCGAAUCCGUUAGCAAUAAUAGUAAUACCACUUCAACUCCUCCAAAUAUUAGCAUUAAUAGGCUUUCCAGUGCCCGCAGAUCAAUAUCCUCAUUUGCAGAUUCAGUUAUGAGAACUUCAAUAGUCGGUGGGCAGCAUACAAGAGAAGCAUCCCUGGAUAGUGCAAAUGAUGCAACCCUGUCAAAGCUGAACGUUCGAAGGAUGAGAAGCAAAACAGUCGAUACCGUUGAUCAAAAUAAACCAGAAUUAAUAUGGUACAGACCAAGCCCAUUGGAAAAUGUUAGUUUUCCUGGAGCUGGGGAGAAUGUGACGACAAGAUCUAGAUCUGAUAGUGCUAGCUCCAACCUUGGUCUGGGCAUUACAACCACAAAUGGAACAUCGACCCAAAGAAAUGCUUCGACUCAUCUUUCCAGAAGAAGUAAUUCCAUAGUGACAACUCUUACAAACAUUAUGUCCCUACGUUCAGUUACAGGAAUGCACUCCCAGAAAUUCCCAUUACCUACACCGAUACCCUUUAGCAAUAUGGAAAAGCCACCAAAACCAAAUUCAGAAGAGAGUGAAGAAAAGUAUCUUGAUAGAAUACUUCCAAUCUACCAAAAAUACCUGGCCAUAGUUCUUUGUGCACGAGAAGAUCCAUUCAUACUUUCUUGUUUAAGGUUAUUCAUGGAAAGAGAUUUUGAUUUCUCACAACAACCGCUAGAUCUGGCAUUGCGGACGGUUUUGCUAUUUCUAGAGCUACCGAAAGAAGGUCAACAGAUUGAUAGAUUUUUACGUUGUUUCAGUAGUGCAUACUACAACCACAACUACCAGUCAGCGGAAACGUCUGAUAAUCAAGAACAUAUAUGGAAGGAUAGUGAGCAAGUAUAUUUCCUUACUUAUUCAUUGCUUGUCCUACAUACGGAUAACUUUAACCCAAAUAACAAAGAGAAAAUCACCAAAGCAGAGUUCGUUAAAUUGAUACACAGCGAUACAGAUUCUUCGGGAAAAUCAAUCCCUAGAGAAUAUAUAGAAUACCUUUAUGAGAAUAUCACCGCAAGAGAAUUUCCAGUGACAAUUUUACCGCCAUACGAAGUUGACGACUCUUUAAAUCCUCAAGAAAGAAUUAUAAACUGGUUUCCUCCAUCUUACUCUCCUGUUAACAUGAUUAAGAGCCAAUGGCUCUCCCACCGUUCUUUCCUAAUAUUAGGCAAUAAAUCUAAUCCCAGUACCUACCAGUAUUCGUUGACACCGCCUCCAAUUCCUUCUGGUCCUAAUUCUUCUACUUCAAGUUCACUGUCAUUAUUUGCAGUAGAAGAUAUUGACCCAUACCAUUAUAUCAUAAAUGAUUCAUUAAAGAAUAUUAGCUUGGAGAAUUUUGUGGAUCCGGUGCCUUACGAAACCCUCGAAUCGACUAGCACAUUAAUGGACAGUCAUGGUGUAAAAAAACUCUUAUCUCUUUUAAAAGAUACUAAGGGUGGGUAUUUGAAAUUUAAUAAAACCCAGUUGUUGUCUAAACUUCAUGACGUUAACAUUGAAAUUUUGAAUGAGGAUGCAUCAAGCGAGAUAGCAUAUCUAAAAAUUCUAAAGAUGGGCGAACUAGAGAUGAAAGUUAGCACUAGAAAGUUCUCAUUAGUUGGAAAUGUUGUCAAGAGUCAAUGGAGAUCAAAGUUUGCCAUAUUGACUACUUCUCAUCUAUUGUUUUUUGACGGAACAACAUGGCUGGAUCCCAAGAUAGAACUUGACAGUAAAACAAACACUUCCAAUUAUAUUAUUGACCUAUCUCUGCCAUUGUCUGCAUACCAUGAGAUAAAUUACUGCAAUAAUCUAUUCUUAACAGAGAGCAAAUCAGAAGCUCCUAACAUCUUAUCGAUAAUAAACCAGAAUUUAAGACGGGAUAUCAUGUUUAGAGACAAAGCAGAGGCAGAGGAAUGGAGAAAUUCUAUAUACUUUUCGGGCAGUCUUGAUGGCUGUAAAAUGGAUAUCAAAGGGUUAUCUAACACGUUUAUUGUUGAAAGAAAAGUAUCGUUGCAGGAGAAGAUCGUAAAACUCCAAAGCAAUCACGAACAAAACAUGUCAAAAUGGCAUUCAUUAUAUGAUCAGCUAAAUCUUUACCUCAAUACAGCUCCAAUAUCAGUCAAAACAAGAUCCAGCUUAAUAGACCAUGUCAAUGGGAUACGUAAGCGUAUGGAAAUGGUCUCAUAUCAGAACGAAAGGCUUGAGCUAUACAUCAAAUUGUUAGAACUCAUCGUGGGUCUGGAACCCAGCGUGAGCGGCUACGUUUCACUUGAUUUGGACUCUAUAGACGAAAGCUUUUUGUUUAACCAACAACAAUAUAGGAAAAGCUCUGAUCUUCCAUUGGCCUCGGAAACAGACCAAAGUGGUUCAGACAGAGCGGGUACGACAUAG